GGUAACUUGUGUUGACAUUUAAAUAACCUAAAAAAAUAUUAUCAAUUAUCAUAACCUCAUCUAAACUAUAAAGACAAUAAGUAAUUAAGUAAAUAUUAUAAUGUGUGAUAAUACAAUUAAAGUCGGUGAAUAUAUCGUUAUACAAAAGCAGAACUAUAAAAAGUUACAUAAAUUCAAUAAACCAAAUUCAUCUGUAAAUGUAGGAAAAGAUACAAUAAAUUUAAUUGGAAUAGAAGGAUGUCAGUAUUUUUCUAUAUUUAAGAUGAUACCAAAAGGUACAAAAAGGAAUAAAGAAUAUGACUUAGAAUUAUCGAAAGAAGCACUUAAUUUAAUACAAGAAAUAAGUUUAAAAACAUCAGGUACCGAUAAUAGAAAUAUUUACGACGAUGGAAGAUCACAAAAACUAUCGGCUACUGAAAUUAGCGAACUCAAGAGUGAUUCCAUAAGCGCAUCAGAAAUUGUUGAAACUUUAAUUACAAAUUCAAAUACAUUUCACAAUAAAACUGAAUUUUCGCAAGCUAAGUAUUUAAAAAAGAAAGAAAAGAAAUAUUUUGAAUACAUUCAAAUUUUGAAACCCAAUCUCCGAAAUAUUACUGAAAUAUUAUACAAAUUAGACCCAAGCAAGGUACAGGGUGUUCGUAUAGAUACUUUGUCCCAAAUUAUGACAUUAUCAAAUAUUAGUAGUGAAGGUAAUCAUUUGCUUUAUGAUUCAGGUUCUAAUGGUCUCCUUGUUGCUGCCUUAUUAAGUGCAAUGGGACCACAGAGUAAUGGACAAUUGGUACAUAUGCAUCCCGGAAAUAUGUCUCAGAAACAAGCAUUGUUAGCUAUGAAUUUUACUUCUGAGCAAAAUAACAAAUGUGUAUCAGUUAAUGUGUAUUCAGUCUUGAGACAAGUGUAUCAAGGCUCUGACACUAAUUCAGCAGAUUCUGCUACAGAAAAAACAACUAAUUUGAAAAGAAAAGCACCAGAAAAUAUAGAACAUGAAAGUAAAUUGCCUAAGCUAGAGGUGUCAGAUACCAUUAGUGACGUUAACCUAAAUAAGGAACAUGAUGAUGCAAAGGAAAACAAUGAUGAUAAGGAGAACAGUGAAGUCAAGGAAAAUAGUGAGAUUGAGGAAAGAGCACCUAAAAAACCAAAAUGGCACUUUGAUAAUAUAAGAGCUUCAGAAAUUUUAACCCAGAAAGUUGACUCUUUAGUAAUAGCAUGUAAAGAAGACCCUCAAAAUAUAUUUAUGGAACUUAUGAAUUUUGUAAAGCCUGGUAGACCUUUUGUUAUUUAUUACAGUGUAGCUGAACCACUGCAAAACUUAUAUAUGACACUCAAAUCUUUAAGUAAUGUUGGUGCUUUAAGAUUAACCAACAAUUGGAUGAGAAAUUAUCAGAUUUUACCUGAUAGGACACAUCCAGAAGUGAUGAUGAAUGGAUCAAGUGGAUUUCUUUUAUCUGGUUAUAUAUUGAAAUAGAUUAAUAUUUAUUUGAAUAUAAAAAUUAAAUAUUGAACAAUGUAACAA